AUGAAGCGGAAAACCAACCCAACUGAGCCGGUGCCGUUACCAACCUGCACGGCGGUGGGGCCAGAGGACAUGGUGCUGGUCGCGUGCACCUCGGGCGAGGUGUUCCUCGUGGAACGUAACUGCGCCACUGUUAGCAGAUAUUGCCGUGACGUGUUGCACGUCUGGGAAGGUGCCGUGCACCGCGCCGUGGCGCAGAGUGGAAACGAGGGUAUCACCCCGAGUGACGGCGCAACGGCUGAGGCCGCCGUGGUCCUUUGCACUGACGCAGGCUCGCACAGCCGGGAGGCUGGCAUCCCGCUCGCCACUGAGCCAGCCGAAAUACCCUUCAUGUCGUUCCUGGACGCUGAUGAUGCCUCGCCUCUCGAGGCCAUUCGACACAUCCCAGUCACUCUAGUCGCUGAGCACUACCAGCAGCGCCUGCGAGCGGCGGAGGCAGCCACGCCGACCAAGAUUGACCGUCCGCCAUUGAAGCUCGUGUCCAGCUCUGGCGACCGCAAGGGGGCGCCCGUCAUAGUCCCAAAGCCCAUCAGCCCACUGGCGCCAAUAGAGAGUGACGAUGGGGCACUGAUGUUCCCGGUCGUGGUGAUACCAUACAUGACCGCGGAACUGAUGGAGGUGGCGCUAUCGUACGCGCAUAAAAAGUACAAAGUCGAUGUCGACGGUGAGAAGCCGGGUGCGGAGUCGGCUGCGCCGGUCACCGCUGCCUCAGCGGAAGGCCGCUGGCAACUAAUAGCGGCCUCUGUGUUGACUGGCAUGUGA